GUAGAAACAGAAAGCAAUCUUAAAACAUACCAGGUGCAGAGCACAGUACAGUAACCAUGAAUGACAUUGCACAGAAAACUGAGAUUCUGCUUUCUUCAUCUAAACCCGUCCAAAAGUCCUAUGUGCCCAAGCUUCACAAGGGCGAUGUAAAGGAUAAAUUUGAAGCAAUGCAAAAAGCAAGGGAAGAAAGAAAUCAAAGGAGAUCUAGAGAUGAAAAGCAAAGAAGAAAAGAACAAUAUGUUAGAGAGAGAGAAUGGAACAGGAGAAAGCAGGAGAUGAAAGAACUGCUCGCAUCUGAUGAAGACGAUGACACCAAAUUAUCUAAAACAGAAAAAGGUUAUGUCCCAAAACUAAUAGGGACUGUUAAAGGCAAAUUUGCAGAAAUGGAGAAGCAAAGGCAAGAAGAAGAAAGAAAAAGAAUGGAAGAAGAAAGGAAGCGCAGAAUCGAACAAGAUAUGAUUGAGAAAAGAAAAAUUCAAAGAGAAUUAGCCAAAAAAGCCCAGGAGAUUGAGGACUUAAACAAUACGGGAACUGAAUCAGCAGCUGAGGAAGGGGAUGAUUCACUCCUAGUUACAGUAGUGCCUGUGAAACCCACCAAGACACCUGGGAAGGUGAAAAUAAACUGUGAGAACCCAGGAAAGGAGAGAGCAGAGGAGGAAGAAAUGAAGAAUGAAAACCAAUCCCUGAAGGAAACCAAGUGCCUUUCAUUUGUCAUGGGUGAGAAUGAAAGCAGUGCCCCCCCGGAGUCGGUGUCUCCUGGGAAGCUGAAGGUGACGUUUGAGGAGCUGGAGAGGCAGAGGCAGGAGAGCCAAAGGCGGCAGGCGGAGGAGGAGGCGCGGCAGCGGCUGCAGGAGGAGAGACGGGCCUUUGAGGAGGCCAGACAGCGAAUGAUAAAUGAAGGUGGGGAUGAAGAAUCUGAAAAUUCUGUUAAAGAAUUCCGCCCUGGGAAACUCAGACUGAGUUUUGAGGAGAUGGAAAGACAGAGGAGAGAAGAGGAGAAGAGGAAAGCAGAGGAGGAAGCGAGGAGACGCAUAGAGGAGGAGAAAAGAGCAUUUGCUGAAGCGAGGAAGAACAUGCAGGUGCUGGAUGAUGAAUCACCAGAAAUGUUUAAAACAUUUUCUCAAGAAUCCCUCGUACCUGGGAAACUGGAAAUUAACUUUGAGGAGCUGCUGAGGCAAAAAAUGGAAGAAGAGAAGAGACGCACAGAAGAGGAGCGUCGGCAAAAGUUGGAAAUGGAAAGGCAAGAAUUCCAACAGCUGAGACAAGAAAUGGGAGAGCUGGAAGAAGAGUGUGAAACUUUUGAGCUGAGCAAAGAAUAUGAAGAACUAAUAAAGCUAAAAAGAAGUGGUUCUAUUCAGGCAAAGAACUUAAAAAGCAAGUUUGAAAAAAUAGGACAGUUGUCUCAAGAAGAAAUACAGAAGAAGAUUGAAGAAGAGCGAGCAAAGAGGAGAGCAAUGGAUGAAGAAAUAAGAGAAAGAGAAGCUGAAAAAUUCCAGGAGGAGGACGAUGUAGAUGUGAGACCAGCCAAGAAAUCCGAGGCUCCCUUUACUCACAAGGUGAACAUGAAGGCCCGUUUUGAGCAAAUGGCGAGAGCCCGGGAGGAGGAGGAGCAGAGGAGGAUCGAGGAGCAGAAAUUCCUGCGCAUGCAGUUUGAGCAGAAAGAGAUCGAUGCAGCCCUACAGAAGAAAAGAGAAGAGGAAGAAGAAGAAGAGGGAAGCAUCCUUAAUGGUUCUACUUGUGAAGAUGAGGAGGAUCAAGCUCGAUCUGGAGCUCCCUGGUUCAAGAAGUCACUGAAAAACACCUCAGUUGUUGAUGGCGAGCCAGUGAGAUUCACAGUUAAAAUCACUGGAGAACCCAAACCUGAAGUUACGUGGUGGUUUGAGGGGGAGAUGUUGCAGGACUCUGAGGACUAUCAGUACAUUGAAAGAGGAGAAACCUAUUGCCUUUACUUGCCAGAAACCUUCCCAGAAGAUGAAGGGGAAUAUAUGUGUAAAGCAGUCAACAACAGAGGCUCAGCUGCCAGCACCUGCAUUCUCACCAUUGAAACUGAUGACUACUAAUGCUCUACCUUAGCUGGAAUCUUUCUUCCCCUCAACUUUCUUACUGCAUCAUCUCUUUCUCUGAUGGGGCCAACUAAAGAAAGCAAGGAUAUGCAUUAAUUUGUCAUUCCUGCAUCAGAAUAACCUUCGAAUUAUGAGUGUGUCUGGAUUCCCUACUCGAGGCAAAAAUCAGUACUAAAGGCUAAAAAAAAAAAAAGAAUCAAUGUAUGAAAGAUCAACAAAGGAAAAAGCUGAAUUAAAAUAGUGCUCCCCCAUUCCAAGACCAACUGCUGCAUAACAGAAUAAAGCUGAAUACACAACCUGGAAA